CAAUAGAACGAGACGGCCUGUAUCCCAGCAAUAUGGCUACGUGUCGUGUGUUCUUGUAGCGUAUCGAAGCACGCUCGAAAGUAUUACCCGUGGCGCGGCGGGUGUAACGAUCUGUGUAACAAAACGCGGCUGGAAAAUAACCGAUCCUGAACAUGUCUACGACUAGCAAAUGGGAUUUGUCCCAGGAGGACAUAAAAACUGCAGCGAAGGACGAAAAGGAGCUGCUGUUGGAGCACGACAGCGAUCAGGAUGAAAAUAUGUUAUUCAAUCGACCGAGUACCUCGUCAACCGAUACCAAGACGGAUGGCAAGAUGGAUAGCGUCAGAUUGCAAAUUCAAGAAGUGACGGAGGUGAUGAGGGAGAACGUGCAGAAGGUAAUGGAACGCGGGGAGAGGCUGGAGGAUCUUCAAGAAGCUAGCGAUCGACUGACCAUGGCUGGAAGCGAAUUUAGGGCAACCGCGAAGAAAGCUCAGCAAAGAGCAUGGCUGCAGAACUUCAAAACAAGGAUUAUCCUCGUUACUAUUACAGUGACCGUCGUCAUCUGUAUCAUCGUUCUGGACAUCAUGGUGCUUUACCUGGUUCUCAGAUAGCGAACACGGUGUAGCGAGCCUCGAUCGUUCGAUUCCAGUAUCCAUCGCCGUGAAAUAUUCAUAACCGAGGCACCCACCAGACUGAACACUACCGUUUACGAGCG